AGAUCAAGCUCAGGGAACCAGAGACCAGCCAGCUCAAAUAAUUCAAAAUGCGAUUAAGAGCAGACAUGCCUCCGCAACCCCAAACCUUGAUGAUAUUAAUAUUCCUGAUUCACUUUGUUCAACAUUAAGUGGGGAAAAUUUUUUAAUAAGAGAUUCCAUAAUUGAAAAAGAGCGAAUUCUCUUGUUCACCACAAAGGCUAAUAUACAACACUUAUCUAAUUCCUUAUACUGGAUGAUGGAUGGUACCUUUAAGACUGUUCCAACUAUUUUUCAUCAAUUGUACACAAUCCAUGCACCUGUUGGUACAGGGGAUAAUUCAAGAGUUCUUCCUUUAGUAUAUGUGUUAAUGACAAAAAAAUCAGAAUUUUUAUAUAGAGCACUAUUUCAAGAUUUGAUUGAAUUUGCAAAAGAAAAUAAUAUUUUAUUAAGCCCCACAGCAAUUCUUACAGACUUUGAACUUGCCGCAAUAAACGCAUCACGUAUUGAAUUUCCUAAUAUUAACAAUAAGUGUUGCUUCUUUCACUUAAGACAAAGCGGCUGGAGAAAAAUUCAAGAGAACAAACUAUCAACUCAUUAUGGUCUUGAUGAGGAUUUUAGUAUAAAACUGCGUCAGUUGUUUGCAUUAGUAUUCUUACCGUCAAAUAUAAUUCCUGCAGCAUUUGAUGCCUUAAAGGAGGAAAUGCCCACGAAAACCAAGGAGGUAGUAAAAUGGUUUGAGGAAAAUUAUAUUCACGGAAAACAAAUACGAAAAUGCGUAAUGGUAAUAUUAGCCGUUCACCACCCCUUUUUCUGCCACAAAUGUGGUCCGUGCAUGACUCCAUGGAAGCAGGAAUUUCAAAAAGAACAACAAAAAGUUGAGCAUCAAGUAGAAGCUAUUAUACAUAGUGCACAACGUCAAACACCUAAAAAAGGUACUAUUGAAAGAGAACAAAG